GCUCGAUUAGUUAUUCCCCUAAGCGACGGAGCUCCCCAUCUAAGGACCAUCUAUACCGCUAGUGCUAUACCCAGUGCUAUACUAAGGAGACCUGUGAGCAGUUUCCCAUAGCUCAGCAGCAGCUUAGAGGGCGCCCGCAGACCAUGGAAAACACCCUCAUCCCCUUCAUCCCCUCAAACCUGGGCCCAUUACUCCAGAUCGACCUUCUCAUCCUCGAACAGGCCCGCAAGAAGAAUGCCGCUCAACAUCGUUCAGCCCUCUUUUUCCGAAGAGUACACGAAAUCUAUCGACUAGGAAGAGAAGUUUACCGGGAGUUGGAAUGGAUGGGCGUCUGGAUCGGGGAAGAGAGGGAGAGACGGAAGGAGGAGGGGUUUCGGAGGAAGCACGAGUUGCAAGAGGAAGCGGCACAUGAAGAGGUACAAGAACAUGCGGAGAGGGAAGCUAGGAAGCAUAUAAUUCGAUUGACGAUGUUGCUGGAAAGGAUAUUUCCUGCAUUGACAAAAGCCUCAGACUCGGUCACCAAGAUGAUCCACCACCUCCACUUCCUCCCCCUGACGACCCUCCUGCAAGCAGCUUACGCUAGGAUCUGGGUCUUGUCUUGCACCAUCCUCGCACAUGUGAGACCUCGUAAAGGAGAAGAACCCAAUUCGACGGGGAUGCAGGCGGUGUUGAAUGGAGAAGAGGUCAUCGACCUCGGCUCGAUACACGGGAAUGCCGCCGAUAUGGGUGCGAUGACGGGGCGAGGAAGGUUGGAGCUCGCCAAGGAGGAAUUGGAGAGCCGGGCAGGGGAUCUGUCUCGGACAGCGGAUAAGGGCAAAGGAAAGGGACAGGUAGAAGAGGAAAGAACCGGUUCGAGCCCGGAUUUGAACGGGGUUCGGGUCGCGGUUGGGAUGGAGGAUGAGGAUCUGUUCGUUGAUUUUGGGACCAAGGUGGAACGCAAAUCGACGGGAUCACGGGUGCAGUCGGGAUCACCGUCCAGAUCGAUUUCUAGAUCGAUGCGACAAUCGAGCGUCAAAGCAGUGGCCAAAACCAGCGCGAGUCCAGCCGGGCGAAACUCUCUUUCAUCCGAAGUUGAAGAGCGGGUACGCGAAGGUUCUUCCCCAGUAUCGAUGACUACACCUGUAUACGCCAUGGUGUCUGCAUCGUCCUCCCAUGCAGGACUGGAGCCUGCAAGAGACAGUCGAAAUAACACGCCGAUCAUCGAUACAAGUAUCCCCCGCUUGCAUGCACCGACCACCAGGAUUUCGGGCAAGCCGACGAAGGUGGAUAGGCGGACACUUACCUCAAGCUCGACCUCGAUAACAGAGGUCGUGGAUGAGACGGAAACAGGCGGUGGGAUGGCUACGAAGAAGAAGGAAAAGAAGAAACGGACGACGGACAUUGACGAUCUCUUUGGAGGUCUGGUCCCUGGAGGGAAAGAAGCCGGGGCAAAGAAGAGGAAGGUCGACGAUCGGAUAGCUUUAGGCGCUGAAGUGGUAGCUCCGGUCACGGCGACGGUCGUCGAGAAGUUUGAUGCUGUUUCGACGCCCGCAGAGGUGUCCAAGAGCAAGCUCAAACGGGUCACCGAUACGGGCAAGGUGAAGUUGAAAAAGAAGAAGAAGAAGGGGGACGACCUGGACGAUAUUUUCGGGUUCUGAACGAUCUUUCAAGGUCAUCAUGGGUCACUGUUAGCUGAUUAGUGAAUCACUCAUGACGGGAAGAUCACGACGCACAGCGGGUCACGCGUCACGGUUAAGGGUCCGAUAAGGACGUCUCUUAACUGGCCGGUUAAGAAAU